UUCUCCCCUCCUUCUUCUCCACCUUCUCGACUUUGUGUCGACUCCCUGGCCCCCUUGGUAAUGGAGAUUACCCUUCUCUAGAGUCAUUCCCCCACUAUGUCUCCAGAAAGGAUUCCUUCCGAGACCUCCCCGUUGCUGGGUCCCCAAAGCAAUGUCUCUACCACGGGGGCUAUUCCCAACCUUGGCCGUCAGGAUGUUGAGUCCGGCGAGCAGACUCUUCCGCCCCAGGAGGACCAGGCCAAAGAUGCUUCCGAGGCCGGGAAGGGCCUAAGGUAUAUCAUUCCGGCUAUCUCUCUGGGAGUAUUCCUCUCCGCAGCCGACCAAACCAUCAUUAUGGCCAGUUAUGGGCAGAUUGGCAGUGACUUGGAGGCCCUCAACCUGACCAGCUGGAUCGCCACCUCCUACUUUCUGACUUUGACCUCGUUUCAGCCGCUCUACGGCAAAUUGAGUGAUAUCUUUGGUCGCAAAGCAUGUCUCUUGUUCGCAUAUGCCAUCUUCGGCAUCGGUUGCUUGUUCUGCGGUCUUGCGCAGAACAUCGAUCAGCUCAUCGCUGCACGCGUUUUCCAAGGUAUUGGUGGCGGCGGUAUGACCACCGUCGUGAGUAUCCUGAUGAGUGACAUUGUUCCUCUCCGGGACCGGGGUGUUUGGCAGGGCGUGAUCAAUAUCAUCUAUGCGACGGGCUCCGGCAUAGGUGCCCCUCUAGGUGGUAUCUUAUCCGACUUUAUCGGCUGGCGAUGGGCCUUCAUCGCUCAAGUCCCCCUGUGCAUUCUCGCCUUCAUCGCCGUGACUGUCAUGCUCGACCUCCCCGCCCAGGAAGACAGCCACUGGAAGACGAAACUGCGCCGCAUCGACUUUCCCGGCGCCAUCGUCCUUGUCGGCGCAGUCUUCGGCUUCCUCCUCGGUCUGGACCGUGGCAGCAACGUCUCCUGGACAAUGCCGAUUACCAUCGUUUCUCUGAGCGUCUCCACAGCUCUCUUCGCUCUCUUCAUUGUUAUAGAGGUCUUCUACGCCGCCGAACCAUUCGCCCCCGGCCACAUCAUUUUCAACCGGACCUUCUUCGCCGCAUACGCUUGUAACUUCUUCAGUUUCGGCGGCUGGCUCGCCGCCCUAUUCUACAUCCCUCUCUUCUUCCAAGCCGUCGACGGCGUCUCCGCCACCGUUGCCGGUCUUCGACUUCUCCCUAGCAUCAUCUCCGGCGUCAGUGGCUCCCUCUUCGCCGGCUACAUCAUGAAGUGGACGGGCAAAUUCUACUGGCUCACCAUUGCCGCAUACACCGGCCUCACGAUAGGCCUUACCACCAUCUUCAUGGCCUCUGGUGCAGUCACCGAGAACACCACCGUCCUAGUACUAGGCAUGGUCGGUUGCGCCUUUGGAAACGGUAUCGGUGUAACUUCUACCUUAAUCAGUCUCAUCUCCAACUCCACACCCGAAGACCAAGCCGUCGUGACAGCCUGCUCCUACCUUUUCCGCUCCCUCGGCUCCGUCAUCGGCCUCUCCCUCUCCUCAACAGUCGUUCAGCAACUCCUCCGCGAACGCCUGCACUUUGCCCUCCGCGACAGCAAAGACAUUGAUAAGAUUGUCGACGGUGUCCGUCAAAGUCUCGACUUCAUUAAGACCCUGGAUCCGACUACUGCGAAGAUCGUUCGUAGCUGUUAUGGCUGGGCCACGAACAAGGGCUUCGCAUUCUUGGUUGGGGUUGUGUUUUGUGCGUUGAUUAGCAGUUUCUUUAUCAGAGAGAAGAAGUUGUCGCGGUAGGAUAUACAUAUAUUUCGGGGUUGGACUCUGGCUGUUGGUGGUAAGGGGACUUGGGUAGAUGAUGAUAGUUUGCGGGGAUGCUUACUUGCAUUGAGGAAGGGGGGCGUAUACACUUGCAUAGUGGCUGUAUAUGCCACUGUCGGAUGGUUAAAAGACAUGCUAGAGGUGGUACUACAUAUAUGAUGACUUAGAUGGCAUUAUCUGGUCCGGUGAUAAAAGGGUUGGAUCUACUUAGUUGUGAUCCAUCGGAUACGAAAAUGGAUUUGGGAAAAGGAAGCAUUAGAUCGUCUGAUACUAGACUGAUCAUGGAGAUUAUCUUUUUUGUUGU